UCCGGGUCUGACGCGGUGAUGAAACCCUCGGUGACCGGCUCGCGGAGCGGACAUCGUCCCUCGGAGCCACUUUACAACUCGACCUUUUAAAUUCCUGCUGUGCUGUGCUGUGCUGUGCGCACGUGUCCAGAGACAUCUUCCUGCCGUCCCGUGCUAAAAAAAACAAAACCCCGCCACCUUCUCCCCAACAAGCAGCCCAAACGGUCUGGUGCUCGAGGGAAGAAGGGAAGAAAGAAAGAAAACUCACUUCGCCCGGAGAAGAUGUGGAAGGAGGCGCGAGCCGACUGGUGAUGGGGAGGACCAUCCACGGACCUGCACUGAUUCAACCUGCGCGGCCGUCGAGCUGAAGGGGGGAGGAGAAUUUCAGUUGUUUUUUUUGGAGGGGGAGAGAGAAGUCUCGAGGAGCCGCGGGCACACAACAAGUUCCCAGCCGCCAGCCAGAGGAGUGAGGGGAGGUGAGGGGAGGUGAGGUGGGACCAGAGCGGCUGACACUCCCCGCGUUUGUCCCCCCCCCCCGACUGUCGACUGGGAGUUCCGCGCCCGGACUUCACCUCACAACGACUCAAAGUUGGACCGCACGGGAGAAGUUCCCCCCUCAGCCAGCCGCGUCACCGACAACAACCCUCCGGCUGCAGCGGCAGAGGAGGGGGCGCCACGGUCCUCGGUGUGCGCGCGCGCGCGUGUGUGUGUGUGUGUGUUUCUGCUGCAGUGUUGUGACCAAGGCUCCCCGUGAACACAAGUCCACUUUAAAUGCGGACUGGUCCGCGGCCGGUGAGAGGCACAGCCCAGCCGCCCCCGGUGCCACCACCCGGUCCCUGACUCGCGACGCGGCGGAGGCGGCCGGUUCGUUCCGUUCCGUGUCAUGGAGCUGACACGCCGGCGCGUCGUGCUGCUGCUGGGCCACAUCCUCCUCAACUGGGCUCAUCUGGCGUCCGCGGAGGAAGAGGUCCUGAUGAACACUAAGACUGAGACCUCUGAUCUCAAGUGGACCAUCUUCUCAAAUGCCAAACCCGAGUGGGAGGAAGUCAGCGGCUUAGAUGACGAGAACAACAGCGUGAGGACCUAUGAGAUCUGCCAGAGCGACAGCUCAUCCAGCCACUGGCUGCGCAGUGGCUUCAUCCAGCGCCGGGGAGCGUCUCAGGUCUACGUGGAACUGCGGUUCACCAUGUUGGAGUGUUCCUCCAGGAGCACCCACCACCGCAGCUGCAAGGAGACCUUCAACCUCUACUACUUCCAGGCAGACUCCAACGAGGCCACGGCCUCUUACCCGCUCUGGAUGGAGAACCCGUACACCAAGGUGGACACGGUGGCUGCAGACUUUCUUCUGAGGAAGGGCGGAGAGCGGAAAUUUAAUGUGAAGACCUUAAGACUCGGCCCUCUGUCUAAGAGAGGUUUCUACUUGGCUUUCCAGGCUCAGGGCGCCUGCAUGGCCCUGCUGUCUGUCAGGGUGUUCUUCAAAAAGUGUCCUCCCCUGCUCAGUGCUCUCUCCUCUUUCCCCGAGACUGUUCCCCGCACCCUGGUGCAAGAGGCACAGGGUGUGUGCGCGGAGCACGCCGCCCAGCAGGGGCCCCGACCUCGUCCCCCUAAGCUCUUCUGCGGGGAAGAUGGCCAGUGGGUGGGCCAGCCGACGACCUCCUGCGCCUGCGUACCGGGAUACGAGCCCGCUGAGGGACACACACGAUGCACAGCCUGCCCUGUGGGUCAGUUCAAGCCGAGCACAGAGGGACAGUGCACAGGCUGUCCGGGACUCAGUCACGCCUCCAUCAGGGGGGCGUCAGUGUGCGCAUGUCGCUCUGGAUACCUACGUGCAGAAUCUGACACUCCAAACAGCCCAUGCACCAAACCUCCGUCAGCCCCGCGCAGCAUCAGCACCAAGAUCAACGACACCACGCUCAGUCUGGAGUGGAACGAGCCCCUGGACAGCGGCGGCAGAACAGACCUGAGCUACACCAUCAGGUGCUCCGUGUGCAGGUCACCCAAGGGCCCGUGUCUCCCCUGCGGAGACAGCGUCAGCUACCGGCCGACGCAGCACGGCCUGCUGGGCCGCAGGGUGGAAGUGUGGGGCCUGCUACCGCACACCACCUACACCUUCACCAUCCAAGCGCUCAACGGGGUGUCUCAACUCAGUGGCAAGGACCCCGCCAGCGAAAGUGUCAACAUCACCUCAAGCCAUGACGUGCCAUCGCUGGUGUCUGUGAUUCGGAAGAGUAACUCCACGGAGAGCAGUCUGACUCUGCACUGGUCGGUCCCAGCUCAGCAGCACUACACCAUCCUGCAGUAUCAGCUGCGCUAUUGUGAGAAGGAGCGUCGCAGUGAGGACCAGUGCCACUACACGGAGAGCAACAGAAACCAGGCGGUGCUGACGGACCUCCGCAGGGCCACUCAGUAUGAGGUGCAGGUUCGGGUGCGCACCAUGGCUGGUUAUAGCAGCUUUAGUCCUGCAGCCUUCUUCCGCACGCUGCCUGAUGGAUAUGAAUCAGCCUCCCAGUUCUUGGUACCUGGCAUCCUCAUUGCUGUUGGGAUGCUGCUGCUCGUCUUGUUCGUCUUUGUGGCCGCUUACUGUAUACGCAGACACAACCGAAUAAAGGAUCCAGAGCUCAGCGACAAAAACAGCCAGUACCUCGUUGGCCAAGGGGUCAAGGUUUAUAUUGACCCCUUCACCUAUGAGGACCCGAAUGAGGCAGUGCGAGAGUUUGCCAAGGAAAUCGACGUUUCCUUUGUCAAGAUUGAGGAGGUUAUCGGCGCCGGAGAGUUCGGCGAGGUGUGUCGCGGACGGCUGAGGGUCCCGGGGAAAAAAGAAAACUACGUAGCCAUAAAGACACUAAAGGGAGGCUACACAGACAAGCAGAGGCGGGACUUCCUGUCUGAGGCGUCCAUCAUGGGCCAGUUCCAGCACCCCAACAUCAUCCACCUGGAGGGGAUCAUCACGGCCAGCUGUCCAGUCAUGAUCCUCACAGAGUUCAUGGAGAACGGAGCUCUGGAUUCUUUCCUGCGGCUGAACGACAGCCAGUUCACACCCAUCCAGCUGGUGGGCAUGCUGCGCGGCAUCGCCUCCGGCAUGAAGUACCUGGCAGAGAUGAGCUACGUCCACCGGGACCUGGCCGCCCGCAACAUCCUGAUCAACAGCAACCUGGUGUGCAAGGUGUCCGACUUCGGCCUGUCGCGCUUCCUGCAGGAGAACUCCUCGGACCCGACCUACACCAGCUCUCUGGGAGGUAAGAUCCCAAUUCGCUGGACGGCACCAGAGGCGAUCGCCUUCAGAAAGUUUACCUCUGCCUCAGACGUAUGGAGCUACGGCAUUGUCAUGUGGGAGGUCAUGUCUUUCGGAGAGCGGCCGUACUGGGAUAUGAGCAACCAGGAUGUCAUCAAUGCCAUAGAGCAGGACUACCGGCUGCCCCCACCCCCCGACUGCCCCACCCACCUGCACCAGCUGAUGUUGGACUGCUGGCAGAAGGACCGCUCGGCACGUCCUCGCUUCACGGACCUAGUCAGCGCUCUGGACAAGCUCAUCCGCAACCCUGCGUCAUUGAAAAUCGUUGCCCAGGAGGGAGCAGGGCCGUCCUACAGCCUGCUGGACCAGCGUGCGCCUUUAGCCCUCUCGUCGUGUGCCUCGGUGGGGGAAUGGCUGAGGGCCGUCAAGAUGGAGCGCUACGAAGACAGCUUCCUGCAGGCGGGCUUCAACUCCGUGGACCAGCUGGCCGAGAUCACCACACAGGAUCUCCUGCACAUGGGAGUGACUUUGGCCGGACACCAGAGGAAAAUCCUUUCCAGCAUCCAGACUAUGACCUUUCGAAACAAGAGCACUGCAACUGUGACCUUCUAGCGCACCGCUCACUCGCCUGGGCAUGAACACCAGCAACACAGGUGCAGCCAUGUACCGAGAGCACUCCGGAUCCUCUCCCGUGACCCACUUUGAACACAGACUCCAAGAGAGAUUGGCAGAAUUUAUUCAUGACCAGGAUGAAAAAGAGAUUAAAAAAAAAUAAAAAAUAGCAGCAGCUAAGGAUGACUUUCCCCUGAGGAUGAAAGAGUCGUCUGGAGGCUGGCGAGUCCCUGUCACCCACAGUGACCGGGGGCGGAAGCUGACUCUUACUCAUUUUUACAGUUUGUGGUCGUGUUUUUAUACCAGAGAUUAGAGGGACCAAGAGAAGAGACAGAUCCGUGCUUACAAAGUGUCUGUAGAAUCACGUCAUUUUAAAAACUGGCAGUUGACGGGUCGUUGACCCAAUAGAACAUUGCUUCGCCAAAGGAGACUCAAAGAAAUGCCAGUGACAAUUCGAGGAAUCACUUUUCAUAUUUGUUCUGUAAUUAUAAAUGAGAACUUCUUUUACUCUGGGUGUCUUGUAUUUAACCCAUCCGGAUUACAUUAUUACAUAAGCACAGACUGAACAUCUUAACUGUUGGAUUAUACCCCCCCCCCCCCCCCCCCUUUUGAUUUCAACAUUACCUCUCCCCUUUGCUCAGGUGCGAUGUGUAAUGCAGAUUCAUGGAGAGAGCUGAAGUCCUCUCAUCUUCCUUCACCAGCCCACCAACAUGUGAAAAGAGACACAGACAUAUCAGCACUUUUGUCAUUUCAGAGUUCACUGUGAUCUCAAGUAGCUCCAUGUGUCUCUCGGGGGUGUGGUUGGUUGUUUCCACUGCCCGUGACUCUGCUGGCACCUCACAUUUAUUAUAACCGGACUGAACAAGGACCAAGUGGACUCAGAAACCAGAGAACACUGUCGAAUUGGUUUUCUUCUUAGAAAGUUACCUGGCCUCAAACACGUUUUUUUCUUGAUGUAACUACUGCAAGUUUUCUUCCAGUGCCAUUCAAGUCAUCUUCGUGUACUUAAGAAAAUGCCAAUUUUAAAAAGCAGAAAUCUCUCGUGGGUGAUUGCGUUCAGUCUUGUUUAAAUGUACCAUCAUUUGGUUACUUUGACAUUUUGAAUCGGGUCUUUGUUGUGUCGUCGGGCAAAAUGUCUGUGCGCUUGCUCAGCUAGCUGAACAAAAAAAAAGGUUUCUUAACAUCUAGAAGGGCAAACAUUUCACACAGCUAACAGGAUAGCUUGUUGUCAGCAGUAUCCAUUGGUUUCCGGGUGGAAUGCUAACAACACUGCCGAGCUCCUGUUUGAUUAGCGGAGCGGCCCCCUCCUCUAGUGUUAUUACAUGCGCUUGUUGAAGAAGAAGAAGAAUGGACUGGAGUUCAAAAUGUCAAAGUAUUUCUCAGAGACUUUGGAUCUCUUGAAGGAUAAUACCAGCCUUUCUGACAUUCGGGUCAUGUGUGGGUCUUAUUUUCCCCUGGCGGCUCACAGACCUGCAGUGAAUCAGGAAAAUGGAGCUUAAACAGCCACUAAAAGAGCCACUUUGGAUACAAAAAGCAUAGAAUCCCGUUUCCUCUCUGUGGCACAGUGAAUUUAUUUUCUUUAUGUUCCGUGUCAUGUAGUGUUUUAUGGUUGAUUGUUACAGCUGACGAUCUAAUUUCACCUAUUUAGUUUUCCUAAUCGCUCCUUGGAUGCCUACGUUGCCAUUCUAUCAUCAUCAUGUGGAAGAAUGGUUUCAAAAAGUGCAAUUUGCACACAUUUACAGUCCAAUCAAAUGUGAUGAAUAACAUAAUCCAAAUCCCCUUAAUACACACCAAAGGUUUUGUGACGGUAAAGACUGCACGCGAAGUUUAAGUGAUUGUGCCGCCACUUGAAAAAAGUCCAAAAAGACCAAAUGUGGUCAAAAUAUGUGAUACCAAAAUCAUCCAUCCUCUUUUACAACACAAAUUCAUGCAAGGCCUCAAUCAGAAACCCUGGUAUGUCGUGCAAGAGUCUUGAGUCGUCUUGAGAGAUUCUUCCAAGGAUUGUGGGAACAGCGGGUUUUCAUAUUGAAGACCUUAGUAUAAGACUUUGAAAUGAUGAAUAGAUAAAAGUAUGUUUUGAUUACCAUCCUGUGUGUAGGCUAAUCUGUAUUCAGUAUUCAUAAUAAAGAUGCACAGCAGUGUUUUACCAA